AUGAAAGGAAACUCCAUCAAAUAUAAUUCAAAGCUUUCCAACAGUCUUCGUUUAAAUCCACGCAAAGCAAGGCGAAAUCGCGCUCGAACUCCAAUUUACAAGGAAACAGUCGUGGAAAUCGCAAUAGAUAAAAAACACUGCCAGCGUUCUGGCCAAAUUGGCGGUGUUCAUGUGUCCGGUCGAGUUGGAAUAAGCGGCGAAAAAGGGUCCAGAGAAAAAAGCUACCUCGCGAAUCGGUUAGCUCGAAUCAUGCGCGAGACAAAUCCUGUGAAGCUUGUGGAUUAUUUGCGAACCCGGAUAGAGGAAGAAGAAGAGAAUUUUCUUGAGGCCUUGAGUCGGCUUUUUCCUUACGAAGAAUUUCCUCUUUUCGAUAAAAUGCAUAGAUCAGAAAGCUUUUAUAAAAAGUCCAUCUUUUUCUCCAAAGAAGGGUUCUUGAUAAAAGACCCAGAAGUUUCAGAGAAGGAGUUUUUCUUUCCGGACGAUGAUAAUGAUGAGCAAGACUCCCAAAGUACUUAUGAUGACGCAACCGAUGUUCCAACUGAAUACGACGCCCUUAGCUUAUACAGCCAAAAUCUUUCCAUGCACGUCUUUCCUGAUCAGGGAAUGAAAAACAUUUACGAGGAUAUUCUUGAUGAGCAAUCACAGCACGUCGACACUCUUCUUCCGAAAUCAGCAGCGCUUGGACUGAUCAAAAAGAACAAAUUUCAAGAAAGCGUUGAGAAAAGAAACACUGAAAUCAUAGAAGAGAACGUAAAUGAGUUUGGAAGUCGAAACAUGAAAACUCAGAAAAGUUCAUGGGGACAUUGUGUGAGAUGCCACAAGGAGUUCAGCAGCGACUCAGAAUCUUGUGAGCUGCCACAUCCGAGUUGUGAUAUGGUGUUGAGGCGACGUGAUGACAAGAAAUCAUUCUACCGAUGCCUUACCUGUGGAGCUGGAGUAAGUACAAACGGACCCUACGAAGAGUCGAUUAAACAUGGACUCUGCUUCUUGGGUACUCACACGCUUGACAUAAAAGAAGUCACUUAUCGAAAUGAGACUGGAGCUGCGAAGACGUGCAAAGAAGAAGGAUGCAACAAGAUUUUCUUUGUUUGA